AACAACAAGGAGUAGGAGAAAAAGAAGAUGGGGGUUGGGGAUUUAGCUCAGAGGUAGAGCGCUUGCCUAGCGAGCGCAAGGCCCUGGGUUCGGUCCCCAGCUCCGAAAAAAGGAAAAAAAAAAAAUAUGAGGAAGAGGAGGAGAAGAAAUACACCAGGAAGAGGAGGAGCAGCACUAGGAAGAGGAAGAUGAGGACAAGGAGUAGAAGAAGGAGGGGGAAUAAAUUCCUGCUUAGUGGUGGAAGACAGAAAGGUCGGCUAUUGGAGGACAGACAAAUGGGAUACUGAAACACAAAUCUUGCAGAUCUAAAAAGGGUCAUCUCCUAGAGUACAAUGAUGGGCCAGAAAACUUGCUACUCUGUGCCUUCAGCGCACUCUAAUCCUAAUGGAGGUGCUUAUGUCACUCAAGAUUCACUGGCCAGUCAGGGCGUUUUUAAGGACCCUCCAAUCAGAAGAAAAGGAGUGUUCUUCCGGGCUCUUUUGUUCCUGCUGCAAGUUCCACUCUAUUACUGAGCAGGUUUGAAUGGUUGGUGGGACAUGCUUUGAACUCUGCUGCUGAGUGCCUUACCGGAGUGCCAACCCUGAACUACCAAGUCCAAUCAUGGUGAGCAUGUAACCACUGCCCUUAACCUGAAUUAGCACUGGACUGAGAAGGGGGGGGCAGGGAGGUGGCCCUCCCAUGCAUGGGCUUGGUCAGAACUAGCAGCCAUCUUGUAGAUUCCGUGUGGUCCUAGCCAUUAGGUGUUCUCAUGUGUUCCGUUUGGGAGCUGCAUCUGUGCAAAGCCUUUGGAGCAAGGGGUUUCUGUCAGAAACAUCAUGGGCAGGAUGCCAAAUGCGGAGACCUAGCUUUUCAGUGUCCUCCAGAACUUGUCCCUUGCCAUUUAAAAUCAACCUCAAGGCUGGGUAGCACUGGAAUUUAAUCUCUUAAGGGAACAGGAGAAUCUAUGAUGUAGGAUCUUCCAUUGCUUAGGAAAUAGAGGCACUGUGGAUUGCUCUGGUGCUGUUUGUAGUUUGGUGUUAAUUCCACUUCUCCCAGAGGGGCUGCCUAGGAUGAGGAGUAUUCACAUAUUCAGGUGUCUUUCGAUGGAAACUUCUCCCCAUUUUAACAUGUAAAAUAUAGGCUAGAGCAGGUUAUUGGGCUGGGGAGGGGAAGGUGGAACUGAAAAGGUUUAGGGAGAAGGAGAAAAGUGAGGUAAGGUGGAGGAAGGAAAAUUGAAGUGAAGCAGGUGGCCUACAGCAUGUGUAUUGGUCCCCAGAACAAUGGCCUUGCUUUCUUCUUGACUUAAGUUUCCAAAUUCUUAAGAUAAAGGGCAGUACCUCAACCGAGUUUUAAAAUUACCUAUUUGAGUCAUGGACUGAACUGUGCAUUGCAGUAACAGGGAAAGGAUUUGCAUGUGGAACAGGACUCCUCCCUCAGAAGUGUGCAGGAGGAAGAGUGUCCUGUGUACAAUGCAGAGUGAAACAGGGUAGGCAACAGCUAGAUCACAGACUAAUUGAAGUUUAAAGCCUUCAUCUGCAGGGCUCACCUUUAUGAAUAAAGUCCUGCCUGACUUAGGGUGUGUGAUUUUGUAAUUUCCUAACGAGUGUUAAUUCAUACCUUUUAAAGUAAACACACAAGAUUGGUGGGUGAGACUCUGGGACCCACUCCUGAAAGACAGUCUUACAACACCUUCCAAGAUGUUCCAAGAGUGGACAGUAGGAAGGAGAAAGGACCUUUCAUUAGUGUUCUCUGAGGUCUCUGUCCUUGGCGUGGGGCGGGGGUUGGGGGGUAACUACAAACAAAGAGGAUCCUGUGUAGGAAUUGACAUCACUGACAACUUCGUGUGGAAGUGUAGAUCACAGGAGACCUGUUUUGUCUCAGUUGCUUGAUCAGCAUACCUCCAGUAGGGGAGAUGCUAAGUUUUUAAGACUUAGCUGUGUGGUUCAAGCUAAUGAGGGAUAUGGGGAGGCUGAGCAGUCAGACACACCAGUGGGAGAUAGCAAGCAGUGUCUUCUAGGAUUCCCCUUAGACACAUCCAUUAGGAAAUCUGAGGAAGAUCACAGUCCCACCGCGGUGAGUGUGAGGACCCCAGAUCCCAGACCCCAGACAUGGAAGAGUACCCUGGUGGAUCUAUCAGAGUCUAAUGUGUUAGACUAGGAUGAGCUGUGAUCCACACUGUUUUGUUGGUAUAUGUGUUGAUCUGGGGAGAUGCACUGGGCUUUCUUUCCUCAGUGAGAGGGCAUUCCUUGAGGAGGGGUGAAUCUGGAUUUCUAUCUAUUUCAGUGUUGCUGAUACUCUCUCUAUGCAGUGCACACACUGAAGCUUAUAGUGUGUGGUACACGGACUUGUAGGGAAUAUUGAGGUCCAGUUUGUAGAAGUUCCAAAUGAAAUAACUCGACAAGUUCGGUAGGAGUGAAAUCAAAGUUUGUGGAUUAUCCAGAACAAAAGGUAGUUUCAAAUGACCAUCAAGUGCUGAAAGGAAAGCAUAAAUUGAAAUGCAAGGAGAUUAUCACCAUUAAACAGAAGAUCCUUUCUAUGGACUUGAAAUCUUAGAAGAUGCCAUGAGAGUAACACGCUUUCCUACUAACCCUCCAAUUAAUGGAAGGAGUAGACAAAGUGAUUCCUAGUCCCAGUAAAAGAUUCUACAACUGUUAUUCAUCUGUGAUGGGGUCCAGCCCAGUUUAGAAGCCAGACUCAAGAAGACCACUUAUUUCUUGUGGGUUGGAAACAAGAAGGAUGCAAAGGUCAUGGAUGCUUGCUCUGUGGUUCCAAUUCAGCACUCUUCCAGCCAUCUCUGUUCUGCAGAGUCAGAGCCCCAUUGAUGAGCCUGUUGAGUUCAUUACUUGAGGUCAUGAGGAUGAAGCUUCAGUUGUAUUUCCUGACCACAUGACACUGAGAUACAAAACAUGAGACAUCUGCUAUGGAGAGCUGCAUACACAAUGUAGAAGUAACCAAAACAACAGCUAUGUUACAAGUUGCCCCUUAAAAUGUAAGCCACAUAUGUCUGAGACAGAGCCAUAGGACUUGCCUUUGACAUGCAGGUUUCUUGCUCCAUCUACUGAUGUACCCAUGCCUGUUUAUUGGAAUGGGAAGUGAUAUUCUGUGCCAUUUUUGUCUUUUAUUGGAUACUUUUUUGUUUACAUUUCAAAUGUUAUUCCCUUUCCCAGAUUCCCGGACAUAAACCCUCUAUCCUAUCCCCCUCUCCUUCAUUAUACGGGUGUUCCCCACCCCAACCACCCUCCCUUCCCACCCUCCUGACUUUCCUUUAUACUGGGGGUGUUCACCCUUGGUCCGACCAAGGGAUUUUCCUGCUAUUGUUGCCCAGCAAGGCCAUCCUCUGCUACAUUAUCAAGCUGGAGCCAUGGGUUAGUUCAGGUACAGUCCUUGGUAGUGGUUUAGUCCCUGGGAGCUCUGUUGUUGUUAUGAGGUGGAAAGCCCCUUCAGGGUUUUCAAUCUUUUCUCUAAUUCUUCCAACAGGGAUCCCAUUCUCAGUUCAAUGGUUUGCUGCUUGCAUUCGCCUCUGUAUUGGACAUGUUCUUUCUGUGCCUCUGAGGAGACAGCUAUAUUUGGCUCCUGUCAGCAUGCAGUUCUUAGCUUCAUUAAUCUUAUUUCGUUUUGUUGGAUAUAUAUGGCUCUGAAUGGCUGUUCCUUCUGUCCCUUCUCCAAACUUUUCUUCCAUAUACCCUCCUUUUAAGAAGGAGUUAAGCAUCCACACUUUGCUUGUCCUUCUUGAACGUCAUGUGGUCUGUGGAUUGUAUCUUGGGUAAUUUGAGCUUUUGGGCUAAUAUCCACUUAAUAUCCACUCUAAGGCCACAUGAUGGGAGGACAGUCCUGCAUCUCCUCUAGGCUUGGCUCUGAAGGUGAAAGUUUUCCUGCAUUGGCAGUACUUGACAUUAGCCAUGAGUAGUGACGUCAUCAAUUUCCCUUGGUCGAUAAUCAUCCUGACUGACCAUUACUCUGGUCCACAGACCAGGCAAAUGAGAAUCUGGAAAGUGUAUUGCCAGGGCGUUAGUUUGGAAUCGAUGUGUGGGGGUGGGAGCAUCCUCAUAGAAGCAAGGGUAGGGGGGUGGGGGUAUAGGAGAGGGGGAAAAGGAGAUAACAUUUGAAAUGUAAAUACAUAAAAUAUCUAAGAAAAUAAAUAAAGUAGAAACAAAUGUAAAGAAAGAAGAAUAUGGACAAAGACCUGAACUUACUGUGAACUGUUGUUGACACUAAUGCAGGUAGUUCAAAUUACUCUAGUUACACGAGUUCAGUUCCCUAAAACCAAACAGAUGGGCACUCUGAGGGAUUGUUAUUAUUUGCAAUAUUCAAGAUGGGAAAUAUCUUCUUUAAUCUGGAGGUAUUGAUUGACAAGAAAAAAUUAGUCUAGGCCAUAGCUUGUGGUGGGCGCUUCCAUGUAUAAAGGAUAUUGAAGUUGGUAGUUCUUUCUCUUCUUCCCCUACACUGGCUAGAAAGAUCAUUUUAUUUUUCUGGCAUUUGCAUCUCCUUCUCUUUAAUUCUGGCAUAUGGUAAAGACGAGCUGAGACACACAGCUACUGCUGUAUUCUUCAAAUUUCUUCCAAUACAGUUUUUGUUUUACUAGUUGGACCACAUUCUGCGAGCCAUUCUUAUAUAUCCACUCCAUGCACACAUAGACAUUUCCAUUGUAUUAGGUCUGUUCAUCUGGAAAACCUUUACUAACACAGAUAUGAUGUUUCACCUUCCACUGAGGAAGAUGUGCUUCUAACAUUAGUGCUCCGUAGCUGUCGGCAUCCAUUCCCUGCUUUUCUCCCUGGGUUGUUUGCAGUCUCACAUGUAGCAGUUGAAUAUUAGCUGCAAUUUUCCCGACGUCAGCGUACAAUCAGAGAAACAAACAUCACGCUUUGUGUCCUAAAGUCUCUCUUUAAUUGUUACUAUCCUUGGAACCUAUACUACUGUCUGCUCCAAGCUGAAUACUGUACCUUGCAAGUUAUCCCUCUUGAUUGAGGAGCAGCAACAGCAGCAAGAGCAGGAGGAAGAAACUCCUGCUGAGUGCUGGACGGCAGAAAGUUAGGUUAUUGGAAGACACGCUAAAGAGAUACUGAAAUAAAAAUCUUGCAGCUCUGAGAAGGGUAAGCUCCUGGACUAGAAUCCCGGGCCAGGAAACGCUAUGCUGUGUGCCUUCAUCGCACUCUAAUCCUACGGGAGGGAUUCAUGUCACUCAAGAUUCACUGGCCAAUCAGGGCCUCCAGGCAGGACGUCCACUUGUAGAAGAGGAGUGUACUUCCUGGUGCCCUGUUUCCAGCAGCCGAUUUUUCUGAGUUGCUUAGCGGGCUUGAAUGAUUGGCCUGAUGUGUUUUGAUGUCGGCUGCCGGGUGUCUUAUGGACGUGCUGGCAAUCUACUAAGUCGGGACAUGACAGUGACUUUUGAGGAUGUGCAUGUGAACUUCACUCAGGAAGAGUGGGCUUUGCUAGAUCCCUUCCAGAAGAAGCUCUACAAAGAUGUCAUGCUGGAGACCUACAGGAACCUCAAUGCUAUAGGCUUUAAUUGGGAAGAACAAAAUAUUGAGGAACAUUGUCAAAGAUCUAGAAGACAGAAGAGGCAUGAAAGAAGUCAGAGUGCAGAGAUUCCCUCCGAAUAUACUCACUGUGGAAAACCCUUUGCUUUACAUGCUCACAGUCAUCCUCAAAGGAAUGAAAGGAUCCAUUCAGAAAAGAAGCCCUCUGAAGUUAUUCAGUGUGUUGAAGCCUUUGCUCCUUACACAAGUCUCCAAAUACAUAAAAGAACACAAGCUAGACAGAAACCUUAUGGAUGUAGUCAAUGUGGUAAAGUUUUUUCAAAUCACAGUAAACUUAAAAAGCAUGAAAGUCUUCAUACUGAAAAGAAACCCUACAAGUAUAAUGAAUGUGAUAAAGCCUAUCCACGACCCAGUAGCCUCCAGAUGCAUAAAAGAGUUCAUACUGGAGAGAAACCCUACAAAUGUAAUGAAUGUGAUAAAGCCUUUUCAGACCACAGUAGCCUCCAGAAGCAUAAAAGAGUUCACACUGGAGAGAAACACUACAAAUGUAAUGAAUGUGAUAAAGCAUUUUCAGUACACAGUAGCCUCCAGACGCAUAAAAGAGUUCACACUGGACAGAAACCCUACAAAUGUAAUGAAUGUGAUAAAGCCUUUUCACGACCCAGUAGACUCAAGCAGCAUAAAUAUAUUCACACUGGAGAGAAACCCUACAAGUGUAAUGAAUGUGAUAAAGCCUUUUCACAACACCAUAGCAUACGGAAGCAUAAAAGAAAUCAUACUGGAGAGAAACCCUACAAAUGUAAUGAAUGUGAUAAAGCCUUUUCAGACCACAGUAGCCUCCAGUCGCAUAAAAGAGAUCACAACGGAGAAAAACCCUACAAAUGUAAUGAAUGUGAUAAAGCCUUUUCACGACCCAGUAACCUCCAGACACAUAAAAGUGUUCACACUGGAGAGAAACCCUACAAAUGUAAUGAAUGUGAUAAAACCUUUUCACGACCCAGUAGCCUCCAGAAGCAUAAAAGAGUUCACACUGGAGAGAAACCCUACAAAUGUAAUGAAUGUGAUAAAGCCUUUUCAGACCACAGUAGCCUCCAGUCGCAUAAAAGAGUUCACACUGGAGAGAAACCCUACAAAUGUAAUGAAUGUGAUAAAGCCUUUUCAGACCACAGUAGCCUCCAGUCGCAUAAAAGAGUUCACACUGGAGAGAAACCCUACAAAUGUAGUGAAUGUGAUAAAGCCUUUUCAGAAACCAGUAGCCUCCAGAAGCAUAAAAGAGUUCACACUGGAGAGAAACCCUACAAAUGUAAUGAAUGUGAUAAAGCCUUUUCAGUACACAGUAACCUCCGGAAGCAUAAAAGAGUUCACACUGGAGAGAAACCCUACAAAUGUAAUGAAUGUGAUAAAACAUUUUCACGACACCGUAGCCUCCAGACACAUAAAAGAGUUCACACUGGAGAGAAACCCUACAAAUGUAAUGAAUGUGAUAAAACCUUUUCACGACCUAGUAGCCUCCAGAAGCAUAAAAGAGUUCACACUGUUGAGAAACCCUACAAAUGUAAUGAAUGUGAUAAAGCAUUUUCAGUACACAGUAGCCUCCAGACGCAUAAAAGAGUUCACACUGGAGAGAAACCCUACAAAUGUAAUGAAUGUGAUAAAGCCUUUUCACGACCCAGUAGACUCAAGCAGCAUAAAUAUGUUCACACUGGAGAGAAACCCUACAAAUGUAAUGAAUGUGAUAAAGCCUUUUCGGAACACAGUAGCCUCCAGAUGCAUAAAAGAGUUCACACUGGAGAGAAACCCUACAAAUGUAAUGAAUGUGGUAAAGCCUUUUCAGGACACAGUAACCUCCAGAAGCAUAAAAGAGUUCACACUGGAGAGAAACCCUACAAAUGUAAUGAAUGUGAUAAAGCCUUUUCAGAAAUCAGUAGCCUCCAGAAGCAUAAAAGAGUUCACACUGGAGAGAAACCCUACAAAUGUAAUGAAUGUGAUAAAGCCUUUUCAGUACACAGUAACCUCCGGAAGCAUAAAAGAGUUCACACUGGAGAGAAACCCUACAAAUGUAAUGAAUGUAAUAAAGCCUUUUCAGACCACAGUAGCCUCCAGACACAUAAAAGAGUUCACACUGGAGAGAAACCCUACAAAUGUAAUGAAUGUGAUAAAGCCUUUUCAAGACCCAGUAGCCUCCAGACACAUAAAAGAGUUCACACUGGAGAGAAACCCUACAAAUGUAAUGAAUGUGAUAAAACCUUUUCACGACCCAGUAGCCUCCAGAAGCAUAAAAGAGUUCACACUGGAGAGAAACCCUACAAAUGUAAUGAAUGUGAUAAAGCCUUUUCACGACGCAGUAGCCUCCAGAAGCAUAAAAGAGUUCACACUGGAGAGAAACCCUACAAAUGCAAUGAAUGUGAUAAAGCCUUUUCACGACCCAGUUGACUCCAGCACCAUAAAACUUCACACUGGACAGAAACCCUACAAAUGUAAUGAAUGUUUUGAAGCCUUUUCAGAACACAGUAGCCUCCAGAUGCAGAAAAGAAUUCACACUGGAGAGAAACCCUACAAAUGUAAUGAAUGCGAUAAAGCCUUUUCAUACCACACUAGCCUACAAAACCAUAGUAGAAUUCAUACUAUAGCAAAACCAUAGAAAUGUAAUGAAUGUGAUAAAGCCUUUUCACGACCCAGUAGACUCAAGAGGCAUAAUAGAGUUCAUACUGAAGAGAAAUCCUACAAAUGUCAUGAAUGUGAUAAAGCCUUUUCAGAACACAAUAGUCCCCAGAUGCAUAAACGGAUUCAUGUUGGAGAGAAACCCUACAAAUGUCAUGAAUGUGAUAAAGACUUUUCACGACCCAAUGGACUCCAGAUGCGCAAUAGAGUUCAAUGGGAGAGAAACCCUACAAAUGUAAUGAAUGUGAUAAAGCCUUUUCACGACCCAGUAGACUCAAGAGGCAUAAUAAAGUUCAUACUGAAGAGAAACCCUACAAAUGUAAUGAAUGUGUGAAACCUUUUCAGAAUACAGUAGCUUCCAGAAGCAUAAAAGGAUUCAUACUGGAGAGACUCCCUACAAAUGUAAGGAAUGUGGUAAAGCCUUUUCAUGACCCAGUAGCCUCCAGUAGCAAAAAGAGUUCACACUGGAGAGAAACCCUACAAAAGUAAUGAAUGUGAUAAAGCCUUUUCAGUACACAGUAGUCUCCAGAUGCAUAAAAGGAUUCAUACUGGAGAGAAAUCCUACGAAUAUCAUGAAUGUGAUAAAGCCUUUUCACGACCCAGUAUACUCUACAGGCAUAAAAGAGUUCAUAGUGGGGAGAAACCCUACAAAUAUAAUGAAUGUGAUAAAGUCUUUUCAGACCACGGUAGCAUUCGGAGGCAUACUGAAGACAAAGCCUACAAAUGUAGUGACUGUGGGGAAGCCUUUAGUCAACACAAUAGAAUCCUGAUACAUGGAAGGAUUCAUACUGGAGAGAAACCCUACAAAUGUAAGGAAUGUGAUAAAGCCAUUUCACGACCCAGUAGACUCCAGAUUCAUAAUAGAGUUCAUACUGGAGAGAAAGCCUACAUAUGUAAUGAAUGUGAUAACGCUUUUUCACAACCCAGUAGACUCCAGGUACAUAGAAGAAUUCAUACAGGAGCAAAACCCGUCAAAUGUAGUGAAUGUGUUAAACCCUUUUCACAACAAAAUAGUCUCUAGACACAUAGAGUUCAUACCAGAGAGAAACCCUACAACCUUAAACAAUGUGAUAAAGCCUUUCACAACACAGUAAUCUCCAAAUACAUUAAAGAACACACAGAGGAGGGAUACCCUCCAAAUGUAACCAAUGUGACAAAGCCUUUUCCCAACAUAAUAGUCUCCAAAUACAUAGAAAAUACAUACUGAAGAGAAACCCUACAAAUUAAUCAGUGUAAUAAAAGCUUCCCAAUCCACAUUCAUUUUUUUUGUAUGUUUGUUUUAUUCUGUUAAGAGUUAAAGACAGAUUUUAUUUUAAACUCUGAUUUACCAAAUUAGCUUUUCCUACCAACUCUCAGAGCAGAGACUUUCACAGGAUUCACAAUCUUUUGUUUAUUGGCUGCCUUUGUGGCAGCCUUGGCAGCCACCAUUGCUGUCUAUGAUACCCGCUUAGCCUUUUUUCCUUUCUUGUCAGCCCUUCUAGCCUGCUCUCAAUGAGCUUUCCUGACUCCUGUUUUCUGAUUCUUCUUAGCAUUAUAUCAGCACGAGACACACAGGGAUGACUCCCUGGAAUGUGACUGUACUGCGGGUUCUUUUGAAUUUCUUCAGCCUAUGUUUCGUGUGUGUGUGUGUGUGUGUGUGUGUGUGUGUGUGUGUGUGUGUGUGUGUGUGUGUGUAUGUGUGUGUACCUGUAGAGGACAGUCUAGUUCAUCUGCCUAGGAUUCCUUUUGGAAAGGAACGCAGACUCACUUUUGCCAAUAAGAAAACUGGAAAACCUUCCAAUCUGUCUUGGCAUAGUGCUGCCCAUGUUCCAGGUAGAUCUUGUACCCGCUGAAACUGAACAGCUCAGCUUUCACCGUCAUAGAUGCUCACCUGCCAGGGAAAGACAGCACAGAGCACAGUAAUCUUAAAAGGCAUGUGGGAGUGGGUGAUGUCAUUAAGCAGGUGAAGGCAGGUACAAGAUAGGACGAGGCCUGUCAUUGGAUGAGAGGGAAGGAUGAGCUGCAGAAAAGUUUGAGGGAAGAGGAUCUUAUCAAUUGGAUCAGAGGUUAUUGUGUGUUGUUUCUUGUGGGGAAUUAACUUUAAUAGAGUAUGUGUUAGCUGGGACACUGGGCCACCGAAUUGAGAUGUAUAUUUCUGCAAUGGUGACAGCGUGCCUUGGGGACUGCAUUGGUAGACAGAUUAUUGCCAGGCCCAGAGAGAGGCCAUAGGCAGUGUUAUAGGGGCUAGAGCAAAGCGGGUGAGAGGCUUUGCUGAUUGAGAUUAAGAUAUCUACCAGAUAUCUAGGGGCACUGUGAUGCUGACCAGUGGGGGUAAAAGACAGCAUUCCAUUUUUUAUAAUUUUGCAGCAACACAUACACCUGGAGAGAAGCCAUUGGUGUCUUGUUCAGUAAAAUUUCACCUUUUCCCAUGUAUUUGAGGCUCAUCCCCACGUUUUCUUCUAUUAGUUUGAGUAUCUGGUUUUAUGUGGAGUUCCUUGAUCCACUUGAAUUUAAGCUCUGUCCAGGGUGAUAAGAAUGGGUCAAUUUGCAUUCUUCUACAUGUUAACCUUCAGUUGAACCAGCACCAUUGGUUGAAAUGUUAUCUUUUUUCCACCUGAUGGUUUUAGUUCCUUUGUCAAACAUCAGUUGACCACAUGAGUGUGGGUUCAUUUCUGGGUCUUCAGUGCUGUUCCACUGAUCUGCCUGUCUCUGUACCAAUACCAUACAGUUUUUAUCCUCAUUGCUCUGUAGUACUGCUUGGGGAUGUUGAUUUCCCCAGAAGUUCUUGUAUUGUUGAGUAUUUUGUAUGCUAUUCUGGUUUUUUUGUUAUUCCAAAUGAAUUUGCAAAUUGCUCUAAGUCUUUGAAUAAUUGAGUUGGAAAUUUGGUGGAGAUUUCAUUGAAUCUGUAGAUUUCUUUUGGCCAAAUGGCCAUUUUUGCAAUAUUAAUCUUGCCAAUCCCUGAGCAUGGGAGAUCUUUCCAUCUUCUGAAAUCUUCAAUUUUUCUUCAGAGGCUUGAAGUUCUUGUCAUGCAGACAUUUCACUUGCUUGGUUAAUGUCACAACAAUGUAUAUUAUAUUUUUUUGACUACUGUCAAGGGUGUCAUUUCCCAAGGACACAUGCUGCUCUAUGUUUAUCAAAGCCUUAUUUAAAAGACUCAGAUGGCAUCGAACACAGGAAUGGAUACAGAAAAUGUGGCAAGUUUACACAAUGGAGUGCUACUUGGCCAUUAAAUAAAAUGACUGCAUAAAAUUCUUAGGCAAAUGGUUGGAACUAUAAAAUAUCAUAGUAACUGAGGCAACUCGGUCACAAACAGACACACAUGAUAUCCACAAACUGAUAAAUGGGUAUUACCCCAGAAGCUCAGAAUACCCACAAUAAAAUUAACACAUCCUAUGAAGCUCAUGAACAGGGAAGACCAAAGUGUGGAUGCUUCAGUUUGUAGAAGGGGAAACAAAAUACCCACAGAAGGAAAUUAGGAGACAAAGUGUGGAGUAGAGACUGAAGGGAAGACAUCAAGAGAAUACUCCACCGGGUGUUCACCCCACAUACAGUCACCAAACGGAUACUAUUGCAGAUGCCAAGAAAUGCUUGCUGACUGGAGCCUGAUAAACCUGUCUUGUGAAAGGCUCAGCUAGAGCCUGGCAAAUACAGAGGUGGAUUUUUAAAACAAACCAUUGAGCUGAGUACGGGGUCCCCAAUGGAGGAGUUAGAAACAGGAUUGGAGGACCUAAAGAGGUUUGCAACCCCAUAGGAAGAACAAUAAUAUCAACCAAGCUGAUCCCACAGAGCUUCCAGGCAUUAAACGCCCAACAAAAGAGCACACGUGGAGCCACCCAUGACUCCAGCUACAUCUGUAGCAGACGAUGGCCCUAUUGGAAAUCAGUGGGAGGAGAGACCCUUGGUCCUGUCAAGCUGUAAUGCUUCAGUGUAGUGGAAUGCCAGGAAGGCAAGCAAGAGUGGGUGGGUUUGUGGAAGCACCAUCAGAGAUGCAGGGGAGGGGCUAUAUGAUAGUGGGUUUCUGGAGUGGAACCUGGGAAAGGGGAUAACAUUUGAAGUGUAAAUAAAGAAAAUAUCCUUUGACAGAAAAGGAAAAAAAGAAAUGGAGUCUUCUUUAGAAUGUCACAACCUUCAGACAUACAGCACUCAGGAUGAGGUAAAAUGCCUUUCACAUCAAAUUAGUGCAGUCAACUACCUAAACUGAAACAGGUGGUUAAUGUGAGGUCUUUUUCUUAUUUGGAAUAUAUAACAUGGCAAAACCCCUCUUUUUUUCUGGAGCUUUUGAGUUCACAAGAAAAAUCUUUAUCUUCUGCUGGAAGCUUACAUAUGUAAGGAUGAUGAAGAUGGGAACUCUUUUUCUUUUUCUUCCUGCCAUACUCUGGCAAGAGAGAUCACUAUUUUUCUACCAUUCAAGGUUCCAUGUUAGGAAUUCUGGUAUAUGCUAAAGACCAGCUGAGACAUAGAGACACGACUGUAUUCUUCAGCUUGCCAUUGUUACACAGUCAUUGUUUUACUCGUGGACAACAUUCCAUGAGACAUUUCUCUAUAUCCACUUCAUCCAUACAUAGAGAGAGCCAUGCUUUGGGUUCUGUUCAUCUGGAAAACCUCUGCUAAUACAGAUAUGUGUUUUCACCUCCCUCUGAGGACGAUGUGCUGGCUUCUAAUAGUGCUCCACUGAGAUUGCCAUCCAUAUCCUACUUUUUUCCCAGAGUUGUCUUGAUUCUCAUAUUGAAAGAACAAGAUAAACCCCAUUUGUGCAGAAUUAUUUUGAAAGGGAAAGAUAAACCCCUUUUAUCUCCACUGAAGCAACCCUUUCAUCCAUUUGGAACACCAGGCGUGUUUGAAAAAGCAGCCAUAAAGCACCAGCUUCAGGAUAGACCACAAUUAACAUAGAGAAAGUCAUGAGACACCAGCUCUAGGAAAAUAAAAUUAAAUCUAGAACAAAUUCAUAAACACCCCUCACUCCAGAGACCAGUCCAGGUAUAAGUACAAAUAUGGGAAAUACCUUUUCUCCGAAUGGGCCAUUUGCACUGGGCAGCCCUAUUUCAUUACAUGGUUUAAAGUUCAUAACACAGGGAUGCAAAACACUGACAAUGUGUGACCUCAUAGCAUCCACCAAAGAAAUAUUUUAUUAUGCUAGAGAUUUUACCUGGUUCCCUAUAAAAUGAUUUUGUGCUUUUCCUGGGGUUGGUAUUCUAAAGAAUGGGUGACCUCUGUAUGAAGACCAUCUCUGCACAAUAAGCCUUCUUUGUUUUUGCCUACUAUCUAAGUCUGGGCUCUUCAGUGAUAUUCAGACCCUUACAUUAUAUAGCAGAUGAAUAUUAGCUACCGUGUGAAGUUACAGAAAUAAACAUCCUAUUUUCUGUCCAAAAAGUUCUUUUAAUUGGGAAGACCCCAUCUUUCAAGGAGUUAUAUAGUAAAUAAUGGACUUUAGAAGCUAUCCAUCUUGAUUCAAGGAGGUAUAGUUUGAGUGGAGGAGGAGGGAGAGGACAAAGGGGUGGUAGAAAAGGAAAGGAAGAGGAAGAGUGAAAAGAACAAGAAGAGGAACAAGACAAGAAGAAGAACAAGAUGAGGAAGGAGGAGGAAGAGGCAGAGCAGAAGAAACUGAACAGGAAGUGGAGGAGGAAGAGCGUGAGAAGGAAAAGCAGGAGCAGUGUAUAUGGAAGAGGAGAAUGAGGACAAGAAGAAUGAGUGGGAGGAGGAGGGGGAAGAAAUUCCUGCUGGAAGAUAGAAAGGUAGGAUAACGGAGGACAGGCAUAUUUGAUACUGAAACACAAAUCUUGGGGAUCUUAAAAGGGUCAGCUCCUGGACUAGAAUGCUGGCCCAGGAAACCUUAAGCUAAUGUGUCUCUUCAGCACAAUCCAACCCUAAGAGAGGUGCUUAUGGCACUCAAGAUCCACUGGCCAAUCAGGGCCUCUAGGAAGACCCUGCAAUCAGAAGAGGAGGGAUCUUACAGGUGCCUUGUUCCUACAGCAAGUUCAGCUCUCUUGCUGAGGAUGCUUCUAAGGUUGAUAUAGUGUGUUUUGACCUCUUCUGCUGAGUGCUUUCCAGGAGUGCAGGCCUGAGCUACUAAGCCUCAUUGUGGUGAGCAUGUGACCACUGUCCCUAACCUGAAUUAUCAGAGGACUGAGAAUGGGGAGGUGGCGAAGUGGCCCUCCUGUGUGCAGAGUGUAAAUUAGCAGCCAACUUUGAGGUUCUUGUGGUCCUAGCCACUAAGUGUUCUUAUGGGUUUCACAUGAAUAACUUCAGUAUGGGAGCCUCAUCUGCACAAAACAUUUGGAGCAAGGGAUUUCAAGUAGAGAUGCAUCUUUGGCAUGAUUCCAAAUUCGGAGAUCUUGUUUCUCAGCAUCUGAACGUUUCCUUAAGUAUUUCUUGUUUAUUCAAAGUUUCUCUGUUGACCAUUCUCUGUUUAGUACUGUAUGUACCCUAUACUUAAAUUAGGAUAUUUGAGCUGUUUCUGUCUAACCUCUUGAGUUCUUCAGAAAUUUUUAAUACUAACCCUAUGUAAGAUAAAGCAUUAGUGAAUAUUCUGUUUCAAUCUUUACGCUGCUUUUUUGUCCUACUGACAGUGACCUUUACCUUAAAGAUAUUUUGUAGUUUCAUGAAGUCCCACUUUUCAAUUGCUGAUGUUGGUGCCUGAACCAUUGCCAUUCUUGUCAGGAAAUUGCAUCUUGAGCACUUGUGUCUGAUAUUAUGUUGAUGUCCUUGAUUCAGUAGGACUGUGGUUGAUGUUUACUUGCGUUUUCGGUUCAGUUUUGUGUGUGUGUGUUUGUGUGUGUGUGUGUGUGUGUGUGUGUGUGUGUGUGUGUGUGUGUGUGUCUGUUGUGGCUUCAUUUUCAUUGAAUUCUGGAAAGUCUAUAAUUUCUUAUUUCUUCACUGACAUGGUGAUCAGAGCAAAAAGAAUAUUUAGUUUGAGAGAAGUUUUAGGCUAUCUGUUCUGUUCAUGGACAGAAGUUUACCUACUACAGCUGUGUGUUUUUCACCUUCCCACUGCAGAAGAUGUUUCUAGGUAAUGAUAGUGCUCCAAAAUCAUUUUCAUCCAUUUCCUUCUUUUCUCCCAGUGUCAGGAUUCUCUAGGUAGUUGCUGCAGUUGUCCUGAUACCAUCGUGAAGUCACAGAAACAAAUGCCAUAUUUUGUAUCCUAAAUCUCUUUUUAAUUGGAAUCUUCUCAGAACAGUUCUCCUGUGAAUGUGAUAGUUCACCCUCCUGCAAGUUGAAUAUUGUAUUGUGAAAUAUAUCCACCUUGAUUCCUGGAGGAAGAAGAGAACAUGCCUGCUGAGUGCUAAUGCUGUCUUCAUUUUAGAUUGUAACCAUAGUAUAACUAUGAGUAACCAUAACCAUAGUAACUAUAAGUAUUUAGAAAACUAUAAGUUGAUAAUGAAUCUUAUUUGCAAGAAAAAUGUUGAAGUGCUAUCUCUUUUAAUGUGUUAUUGCAUUCUUAGAGAGAAACACUUAUUCAGAACAAUUUUCUCAGAACCACAACAAGUUCCAGACAACUGUCGCAGUGGGUAUGGCUGGUUGCUUCUAAACCUCAUGACAUAAUUUCAAUUUCUAAUAGACGCCUAUUAUCUAUGAAUUCUUUUCUCAUUUCUAUAGUUAGAGUCUGGCAUAGGUAUGACACACACUGGCAGUAUAUAAAAUGUUAAACAAAAUAAGGAACAAUGAUGUCACUUGAAGCUAAAUGCAUACUUGGAUCUUAUCUGUAGAAUGCACAUAGUGGAAGUAAACAAUAGACACCUGUAAGGUGCUUUUCUCUCACUGCUACCUAUACCCAUGGCACAGGUGUAUGUGCACAAACACAGUUGAAACAUUUUUUUAUGCAGAGGAAAUGAACAAUGCAAAGAAUAUGCCCCAUUUUUGAGAAAAUAUGAAAUGAUUUUCCUGUUUAAAUUAUUAUUGCAAUGUUUCAGUAGAUAUUACUAAACAUCAAACCCAUGAGGCUUCAUCUUUAAAUUUACCUUGCCAUUCAUUCUUUGAUUCAAAGCUAAGUCUUGAAAAAAAAUCUCAGUUGGCCUUUGGGCUGCAUUCGUGUAAUCCCAGGACAUGGGGAGGGUGGUAGGCCAGUCUCUCUGAAUUUAAGGCACAGUGCUGUACUUUGUAGUGACAUACUUUAUAGCCACAUUCUGACUCAGGAAAAAAAAUAUGAAAAGAAAGAGCAUACUUUAUUUAAUUGACAUUCCCUAAUAGAAUCUGAGUGUUUUCUGGACUCAUUUGGCAGCAGUGGGAGCCCACAACAAUGCAUGUCAGGUGUACCUCUGAUGUGAGUUGUGCUUCGUGUAAGGGGAGAACAGGAACAUGCAUACGUGAAGAUUGACAUGCUGAAUGGGAUCCUAUUUGAGUUCCUUGAUGACUAAAAAACAUUCAUUUUGGAACUCUGUUGGUAACUCUAGGUGACAUCAAGUCUGUCAUUAGAGUACCAUGGCUCUCAAACAGAAAUCACUCUAAAACUAUGGAAGUCAGGUAUUUAGAAAGAACAAUGGGAGCUGGAGAGAGGGCUCAUCAGUUAAGAGCAUUUACUGCUCUUACAGAGGUCCUGAGGUUAAUACCCAGCAAUGGCACAGUUGCUCACAACCACUGUGAGAUGACUUCUUCUGCUGUGUCUGAAGAUAGUGACACUGUACUCAUAUUGAUAAAGUAAGUAAAUCUUUAAAAAAUAAAAGAAAGAAUCAUGGAGUAUUGAUCAAAUAUUAGGGGGUGGGCAUUGUAUAUUAAAGAGGAAGAAAAGGCCCUCGACCCCAAUGCUUAGGGUGGACCUGAACACCAGCUGCUUUCCAUUGUAAUCUCUGUAUCCACUCAGAUGUGGUGGGUCAAUCCUGUCCAGUUCUUCCCCUCCUCUUUUUCUGUCGCAACAACUACACAGAUCUAUCUGUGUUAGCACAAUGCAUAGCCUCUGUGGCAGUCUCCAAUUAAAACUUAAAGGCAUUUAGUGGCCACCCAAUGGUCCCUGUAAAUUGCCUGCAUGGUAGGAAUUAGGUAGUCCAAAACUACAUUAAUAUUUCUCCUUUUGCUUAUGGCCUAAUAGAACACGGGACCCCAUAUCCUUAGAAUUUCCCUUGGAAUGUCAUUCUCAAAUAUGACUGAUUCCUCUAGGUAAGGACUUCUGUGCAUAACAAAAGUUUAUUCCUUAACUGAAUACAUGUCAGGGGGAAAAGUAACUAAAAUUCAGUUAAAGAAUUAGAGAAGGGAGAAAAUUGCUGUUCCAAAUGAGUCACACUGAGCAAAUACAUUAAUCUAUUUUCAAUUCUCAUUAAUAAUUGUUUUGUUCUUUUUAUUCAUUUUUGUUGUUUUAUUUGAUAGUGUAUUGUUACCAGGAGUCUCUGGCUGCCCUGGAACUCUUACCUGUUCUAGAACAUCAGAAAAUUCUGCCCACCCUGCCUCCAAAAUACCAGCAUUAUAGGCUAACUUGUCACAGCUAGAUGGGUCAGUUCUUUUGAGUGUAUCUGCUUAGGGUAGCUAAGACACAGAUUGUGGUCUUAAGUCUAGCAAUAGAUGUCUACCCUGAAAUGCAGCCCUUCAACCUUCAACUCCAAUGUCUUUCAAAUUAGCAGCAAUUUUGUUUUUGCUUCAUUAUAAUAUUUGUUAUGAGUCACCAAAGACCUAGGGCAGAGUUCUGUCCUUAUUAUACAGAUGGUGAAACCCAGACUCAGAGUGCUAUGCCAUUACUGAAUAGAUAUGUAGAACUGCUCAUCUUCUUCAUUCUGUGAUUCUAAUGACUCAGUAAAUAAAGUGGAAGGCAAGGCAACUGCCAGGAGCCAAGUCCUUACUCACCCUCUGUCUCAGGAAUGUUUCAGGAAUGUCAAGCCCACUUACACCCUCUGGACAUAGAAGCCAGAUGUCCAUUCUUAUCACUUUUACAACUUCUGUCUCCAGCAUCUGUUCUUAUCAGUGGAUACCUGCAAAUUAGGGUUUAGGGCUUUAGGGAGGGUGGUGGCAGUGAUCUAUCAGUCUUGGGUCCUGAGUGACCUUCCCACCUGCUUGUCUUUAUAAGCCGCUGUUUUUUGUUAAUUAAAGUGUGAGAGCUUUAUCAGAACACAGACUUGCUCUCCUUCCUUGUGCCUCCUGUCCUCCAUUCUUUCGCCCGCCUCUGAGGUCUCCUCUGAACCACCGCAGGCCGGGACACUCAACCAGAUAUUUAGUUUUGGGCGGUAAAUCCCAUAUCAAACACAUAUUAAUGCUAGAGCAGCUAUACCUGCAAACUAGAGAGAUGUUUCUGAGAAAAGUUCUACCACAGCCAUGUGUCCCUGAUCCCAGUUGUUGCUCCUGAGGGCCACAAAUAUUGUCUUCUUCAUUAGCAAGCUAAAUUCUUAAAUUAACUGCCCACACCACCACUCAGUUUUAAAAUUCCCUCUUGGAGCCAUGUAGACAACAUCCAUUGAAGCAAGAGGAAAAGGAUCUGCAUGUGGAGCAUGGCUUCUACCUUCAGACCACAGUAGGAGGACUAGUUUCUUGUGUAAAUCAUGGAGACAAAUAGGGCAAGCAAACAACUGUUAGCACCAAGAUUAUGUAGAAGUACCAGGUUGUGCCAUGGUGAGUGAUUUUGUAAUUUUCCAGCUUGUAUUAAUUCAUGUUCUGUACAAAUUGGGAAGAUUAGCUUGAUCCAUUUAAUAUUGAAUUUCCAACUAGAGGGCACUAUUGGAGAUAUGUCCAAUGCACUUGCAAAUUUACUUCAGCUCAGACUGUUUCAAAACAAUCUGAUGUUUUGUGGAGCUCUAGUUAUAUAUAGAUCACUGUGAGCUGCCAUGUAAAUGUUAGGGAUAAAGCCUGCUUCUAUAGUUAGUGCUUUUUACAACAACCCACUUUGAACAUAGUAAAGUAUGAUCUCAUGCACAAGGUAUUUGGGACAAGAGGAGCAGCUUUGAAAAGAGCUGCAAGCAUGUAGAGGAGUUGACCUACAAGUGAGCUAUGUGUGCUUCAGUGACAGAGUUGGCAGAGUAAGGAUAGCUAAGUACACUGUAGUUAGGCAACUUCAUCAUAAUCUCAAGAAGCUGAACAAUGAUCUUCCUGACUCCAUGUUUUCCUGCUGGAUUUAGUCUUGCUUUGGUCUGUUCCAUCCUUACCAUGCUUUGACUCAUUGUGAAGUAAUACCGUUUAUUCUUCACACUGUAUGGCGGAAACCUAGCACUCUUGUUGAAGGUCAUGGAAGAUUGUGGGAGUGUAAGAGGUAGUUUGCACUCUCUAAGAUUUUAGCAAAAUGUGGUAUUGAAACGGGAAUGUGUCUCAUUCACUCAUAUCUAAAAAUAAUUGUUUUCCAGUACCUGGAAGACUGUGGAAAGGAAUAGAGAUGUGAGCACAUGUGUGUCAUGUAGAUAUAUUAAGAACUUAUAUAAGCCUAUGACCAUGAAAGUGUGCUGCCUAUUUCCUUUCUGAGUUUCAAAAUAUGAACUCUAUUUUCUUCUCAUUUCCAUGAGUUUUCAUUUUCUUCAAGGACUCUACGCCUUUGGAUGUAGAAGUCCAAUUUAAUUCUUUCAAUUAUAAUUUGCCUUGGCCAUGAUGUGUUUUAUGACAACACUAAAUGUUAAGUACACAGAAAGGUUUUAUGAACAGUGAGAGCACAGUACACCUCCCCUUCCAAUGAGAAACCAUGGAGGGUAUUUUGUAAAUCGAGUUCCAGAGCAGUCAGCUUAAGUCCAUUCCCUUUGAGAGUAAGAGCAACCCCAUGAUAGACAAGUCUAGGCUGCUAUGCUGAAUCAAUCCUGUUAGGAACAUAAUGCUUUAUUCUAAACAGGCCAAUAACAAAUUACUUUUCAGGUCACUCUUCUGUAGAAGAUUAUCAUGCUCGGAGUAGUGGUUCAAUUGCAUGGCAUAAAUAUAUACUGCUAUUUCAGUAUCUAUACUGUGUUCAGUAUCUAUUAUAUAUUUUAGUGUGCUUAGUGAAUCAAGGUCAGCAGAAGUUCUAAAUGAGACUCUGUCUCAUACAGAGGAGACAGAUCAAACAUAUUUCUGACAGCCUAGUAGAAUACACUGUUUCUACAAGUUACUAAUUAAUCACAAUGUAAAAUUUGACUUCUAAGUUAAAAUCAACUUUUUUUACUUGUUCUUCCUCUAUAAUCUUGUGAUUUCCACAUCAUAAAUGAUUUAUACUAUUUAUGGUAUGUUUUAAAGAUUGGCUGAUAUUUAACUAAAUUAAUACCUGAAAAGAAUCUCCUUUUGUCAUCAUGUGCUGUAUUACUGAACCUUGAUUUUGACUAUUAAAAGACUCUACUACUAGUGAUAGAGCGUUUACCUAGGAAGCGCAAGGCCCUGGGUUCGGUCCCCAGCUCCGAAAAAAAAGAACCAAAAAAAAAAAAAAAAAAAAAAAAGACUCUACUACUUUUAGUCAGUGCCACCUUAUAUACUGGGAAUGAAAUCUCAAUGGUCUGAUAGAACGUUUAGGACUCUGUGUUUGGGGAUACAUUCUAUCCUAGGUUGUCUAUUCUUGAUCAUGUUUCUUGUCCUAGGUGUUCUAGGACAUGUGGGGGGACAUGAUUUCCUAGAUGGGUCCCUGAAGAAAGGAAAGGAAAUCUUGGGAAGACAUGAGAAUGAAAACCUCAUGAAAAUUGUCUUUUUCCACCUGAAUCAGAAUUCAGGGCACCUAACACCAGGCGAAUCAUUGCCAGCAUACCUAAAACACAUUACAAUAAGGCAAAAGGUUUCCAGGCAACUGUCAAUCCAAUCAGUUCAACUCCAGGGCCAAAAUACAUCCUACCGAGACAGAAACCCUUUUUUCAAAAGCAUAUUACCAGGGAAUAGAUUGUCUAUCUUAAAGCUGUAUGAUCAAAUGUGGUCUCUGACAAAUAACAAAGAGAACAGCAGACCGUAAAAUGCAUGUCACAUUUUACAUAAGGUUAAGUGACAGUUCGGAGGGGGCAAAGCAUGGGUUAAUCAUUCUUGGGAAUUUGGGUGACAUCUACCUUUAUAUCAAGGUAGGGGACUUCUCCCACCACAAAAAGCAAAAAGCUGAAAAUGUAAAUAAAAAAAAAAAAACUUGCAGCUUUUAGAUUCCAGGCAGGCACUUGAUCUCCAACAGUAAGGAGGGAGGCCCCUUCAUUAUUUUCCUAAUAAUUGGUGGAUGCAUUGUGAUCUGCAAAUCCUAUUGCUUAUUAAAGUUUGGAACUCCUCCUCUAGUUGGAGAUUUAGGCUCAGGCAGUGAAUUUGUUUUUGGCUAAUCAAUGCAACAUGGUCAGUCCUUCAACCAUAUACACAUAACCAGUAGAAAUGUAGUCAAAAUUUUAUUUAUAUCUUUGAGCCUUUACAUUGACACAUACAUAACAAAGAAGAAAUUGGUGGGGAAGAAUCUAGGAUUGAGAAAAAACAAAGAAGGGCAUAAAUUGUUGUGGAUAUUUGAUUAUGGUUCCUAGAAAGAGUAGUUGUAGUAAAAUACCAAAGCUUAGGAAGAUAUUGCCUUUUCAGAUGCAGCUGGGUGUGUCCUGAAAACAUGUGGUUUGGUUGUGUGUCUGAAAGUCUCACUAGAUAAGAAUUCUAAAGAGAGGAAAGUUCUUGCCUAUUUUAAGACAAAUUGCUGGAGAGGGAUCUUGUUUCUUUGCUGUCAGACUUGAGGCCAUGUCAGCUGGAUGCAUUGAGGUGCUCAUCAGUUAAGUUGAAAACUGUUGACUCCCUACAAAUUGUGCUUGGAUCCUCACAGCAGAACCACUAAUUGCAAUGACCUGCUACAGUCUGACAAGGGUAUAGUGAGGAAGAUAGAGCCUUCUUUAGCAGCAAUUAGACAUUCGAGAGCCCUCUUGGUGGGCACUCUCUUUUGACUCUAACUCUGUCUCUUUGCUUAGAAGAACAUCUUGGAAGAAGAGGGGUGAGAAAUAGCAGGACACAGAUGAAACAGGAUGUGAGGAAAGGGAGCAGAGGAGCUCCCAUGAGUUCUCAUGACCUCAAGAGAAAGGUCGCCUACCUAGGUAAAAGGUCAUGGAUGAAGGAGAGUUCUGAGCACCUAGCAGUUUAGUUGUAUAUUCAAGCUUAUAAAUAGAUAUUUCUUAUAUACUUAGGGAAAUUAAUUUUACUCUCUAGGUUAGCAGGUUUGUACCAAACCUCCCUUCUUGUUUGUCAGUAUUGGAAAUACAUAUUAGGAAGAUGUAAAAUGGUAAAGGUUACACACAGUGAUAUAUUAUAUUUCAAAUGUAUAAAUAUUAAUUUUAAAUGAAAAUAUACUAAAUAAUGAUAUGGUUAAGUUUUGAACAUUGAAUGUUGUUACACAGACACAGGUUGCAUUCCCAGAGACCAUAUGGCAGUACUCCUGCUGCUCUGACUUCAAUCUCUCGGAUCUAUUCCCCUCCUCUGACCCUUGUCCAAACAAGUGCCAGAGAGACACUCAUAUACAUAAAAUAAAAAUAAAGUAUUAAAAAACGGAGUCUUCUAUGCAGAUAUCACAGCCUUGAGACAAACAGCACUCAGGAUGAGGUCAAAUGCCCUUCAGUUAAAAUAAAGGACUGCUUUUCUUCUUGAGAAAAGCAUAGUUCUGUCUCAUGGACAAGACAUCUGGUGAUACCAUUCGAAAAGGAAAGGCACUGUUGUGUUGCAGAAUGGCCUGAUUGAGCAAGGCUCUCCGUGAGGCCUUCAUGGAUGGAGAAUUACAUGGUUCCCUCUGAAACUCAGCCAUAUCCUUGACUGAGCAUGUAACAGCCUGGGUCCUAGAACUUGGAGCCUUUAGUUAAUGCCUUGAUAUAUUUAUUAAAAAAACAAAAACAAGAAAUAGAGCUCCUUCUGUAAAACCAACCAUGUGCUUGGGAGAGCUGGUAAUGGUCUGGGGCCAGGUCCUUUGGAGAGGGGAUAUCUCUGAUCCUGAGAUUCCAAUAAUUGCUACCACGUGGGGCUAAUGGAAUCAGUUCCAAACCGCUGUAGUCAUGGUCAGUAAUUUUGAUGAAAUUACUCUGUUCUCAGUGUGCAGAAUUGUUUGAUAGAGCCCUCUUUCUUUUGUCCAUUGUAUGGUAGUUUCUGCUGACUUCAUGGGAGUGUUGCAUUUCUUUCCAUUUUUCCCUGUAGGUAGUCUACAGCUGCUGUUCUUGAGAAACUUCCCUUAGCAUCCGCCUGAGCCCCUCACUAUCCCACCCGAAGUUUUAUACUUUCUACCUCCUUUUUUUUUUUUUAACUUUUGCAUCCUGUGUGGUCUUCCACUUAGGACUGUGUCUCUGAAGAAUAGCCUGCUCUUUCAGGGUUUUGGUGUUGCUAAAUAAUUGAUAUAAUGUGUGUUCUAUGUAAAUCUCCCAACCACCAAGUGGCUAAACCAAGUUGUCUCCAUGCCAUCCUUAAUAACCAAGGAUGUAAAACCCAAAGAGACAUAGGAUGGUCGCACAAGUGGACUGCAAAUCUCUACUACCCUGGCUCUUCUUUCAGCAUCAGGGAGAAUUAGGUGCGUGUCCUUGUUACAGAGAUUUCUUUAUCUUCGUUAAUAUUUUAAUUGUGUCUUUGCUGAUUUGUACCCUGGAAAGACAUUAAUUCUAGAACAGCUGUAUUUUCAGCCCUUUAGAAAAACGUUUCUGACACAGACUGUGUUGCCUCAGGGGGCACUGACACUGAUCCCAACGUGUUGCUCCCUACAGUAAUGACCUUGCUUUCUUCUUGAUUAAAGUUUCUAAAUUCUUCCAUUUAAGUGUAGGACCACAAGAGAGUUUUAAAAUUACCUAUUUGAGUCAUGGAAUGAACUGCAUUGCAGUAACAGGGAGAGGAUUUGCAUGUGAGCAUGGCUUCUGCUCUCAGACCACAACAGUAGAAACAGUGUCCUGUGUACACUGGAGAGUGAAACAGGAUAGGUAAUAGCUAGGUCACAGACUCAUUAAUGUCUAAAGUACUCAGCUGCAGGCCUUGCCAUUUUAAAGAAAGACCUGAUUGACAAAGGCUUGGUGAUUUUGUAAUUUCCUACCAAGUGUUAAUUCAUACGUUUUAAUGUAAAACACACAAGAUUGGUGGGUGUACAAUUUGGAGCGAUUAGGUUGAUGCAAUGAAUGUUGAAUUUCCAGUUAGGGUACUGUCCUAUGUGGAUAUGUGCUGUCCUCAUUGACAUAGUUCAGUCAGUUCGAUGUUUGAGACACAGACCACUCAUUGGCUGCAGCUGUGUGUGUCAGGUUAUGGGACUCAGCCCCUAACAGUCUACAUAGGGGAAAAAUCAAAAGUAAUUUGGUAAUUCCACAGCCUCUGCCAGGGAAUGGCCUCUUCUUUUUCAAAGUUAAUUUACCUUUGCAUUUUUUUCAAUGACAUUUAUUUUCCUCUAAAGGCCAUUCUUGGCAUGACUUUUUAUUUUUCAUUUUUCUUUAAUUUUUUAUUAUAUAUUUCUUUUCUUACCUUUCGAAGGUUAUUUCCCUUCACCGUGUCCUGUCCAUAAUCCCCCAUUCCCUGCCCUCCCCAUCCCCCAUACAUGUAUUCCCCUUAUAAAUCCCCGCAUUGCCCUCCCCCAUAUUCCCCUGCACUGGGGUUCCAACCUUAGUAAGACCAAGGACUUUCCCUUCCACUGGUGCCCCACCAAGGCUAUUCUCUGCUACAUAUGCAGUUGGAGCCCUGGGUCAGUCCAGUAGCGGUUUAGUCCCUGGAAGCUCUGGUUGGUUGUUGUUUUUAUGGGGUUGCAAGCUCCUUCAACUCUUUGAAUACUUUCUCUAAUUCCUCCAAGGGGGCCCUAUUCUCAGUUCGGUGGUUUGCUGCUAGCAUUGACCUCUGUAUUGGACAGGCUCUGGAUGUGUCUUUCAGGAGAGAUCUAUAGCCAGUCCCUUUCCGCAUGCAUUUUCUAGCUUCAUCAAUCUUAUCUAGUUUUGGUGGCUGCAUGUAUAUGGGCCACAGGUGUUUCAGGCUCUGAAUGGCCAUUACUUGAGUCACUGCUCUAAUCUUUGCUUCCAUAUCACCUCCUAUGAAUAUUUUCCCCAUUUUAAAAAGGGAUGGGAACAUCUGCAUUUUGGUCAUCCUUCUCCUUGAGCUUACUGUGGUCUGUAGAUUGCAUCUUGGGUAAUUUGAGUUUUUGGCUAAUAUCCACUUACCAAUGAGUGUAUACCAUGUGUGUUUUUCUGUGAUUGAGUAACCACACUCAGGAUGAUAUUUUCUAGUUCAUUUCAUUUGCCUAUGCAUUUUGUGAAGUCAUUGUUUUUGAUAGCUGAGUAAUAUUCCAUUGUGUAGAUGUACCACAUUUUUUGAAUCCAUUCCUCUGUUGAAGGGCAUCUAGGUUCUUUCCAGCUUCUGGCUAUUAUAAAUAAGGCUGGUAUGAACAUAAUGGAGCAUGUGUCUUUGUUAUAUGUUGGAGCAUCUUUUGGGUAUAUGCCCAAGAGAGGUAUAGCUGGGUCCUCAGGUAGUAUAAUGUCCAAUAUUCUGUGGAACCUCCAGACUGAUUUCCAGAGUGGUUGUACCAGUUUGCAGUCCCACCAACAAUGGAGGAGUAUUUCUCUUUCUCAACAUCCUCCCUAGCAUCUGCUGUAGCCGGAGUUUUUUAUCUUAGCCAUUCUGACUGAUGUGAGGUGGAAGUUCAGGGUUGUUUUUAUUUGCAUUUCCUGAUGACUAAGGGUGUUGAACAUUUCUUUAGGUGCUUUUUGGCCAUUCGAUAAUCCUCAGCUAAGAAUGUUUUGUUUAGCUCUGUACCCCGUUUUUAAUAGGGCGAUUUGGGUCUCUGGAGUCUAACUUCUUGAGUUCUUUGUGUAUUUUGGAUAUUAACCCUCUAUCAGAUGUAGGAUUGGUAAAGAUAUUUCCCCAAUCUGUUGGUUGCUGUUUUGUCCUAAUGACAGUGUCUUUUGCUUUACAAAAGCUUUGCAGUUUCAUGAGGUCCCAUUUGUGUAUUCUUGAUCUUAGAGCAUAAGCCAUUGGUGUUUUGUUCAGGAAAUUUUCCCCAGUGUCCAAGUGUUCGAGACUCUUCCCCACUUUUUCUUCUAUUAAUUUGAGUGUAUCUGGUUUGAUGUGGAGGUCCUUGACCCACUUGGGCUUAAGCUUUGUACAUUUUUUUUAAAGAUUUAUUUAUUUUAUGUAUAUGAGUUCACUGCAGCUGUCUUCAGACACACCAGAAGAGGGCAUCAGAUCUCAUUAUAGAUGGCUGUGAGCCACCAUGUGGUUGCUGGGAAUUGAACUCAGGACCUCUGGAACAGCAGUCAGUGCUCUUAACCGCUCUCCAGUUCCUGUACAUGGUUUUAAGAAUGGAUUGAUUGGGCUGGGGAUUUAGCUCAGUGGUAGAGCGCUUGCCUAGCAAGCACAAGGCACUGGGUUCGGUCCCCAGCUCCGGAAAGAAAAAAAAAAGAAAAUGAAUGGAUUGAUUGGCAUUGUUCUAUAUGUUGACCUCCAGUUGAACCAGCACCAUUUAUUGAAAAUGCUAUCUUUCUUCCAUUGUAUGAUUUUAGCUCCUUUGUCCAAGAUCAAGUACCUAUAGGUGUGUGGGUUCAUUUCUGGGUCUUCAAUCUGUCCCACUGAUCUACCUGCCUGUCUCUGUACCAAUACCAUAUAGUUUUUAUGACUAUUGCUCUGUAAUACUGCUUGAAGUCAGGGAAGGCGAUUCCCCCAGAAGUUCUUUUAUUGUUGAGUAUAGUUUUCGCUAUCCUGGGUUUUUUGUUAUUCCAAAUGAAUUUGCACAUUGCUCUUUUUAUCUCUAUAAAGAAUUGAGUAGGAAUUUUGAUGGGCAUUGCAUUGAAUCUGUAGAUUGCUUUUGGCAAAAUGGCCAUCUUUACUAUAUUAAUCCUGCCAAUUCAUGAGCAUGGAAGAUCUUUCCAUCUUCUUAGAUCUUCUUCAAUUUCUUUCUUCAGAGACUUGAAGUUCUUGCCAUACAGAUCUUUCACUUGCUUCAUUAAAGUCACACCAAGAUAUUUAUGUUAUUUGGAAGUAUUGUAAAGGGUGUCAUUUCCUUAAUUUCUUUCUCAGCCUGUCUAUCCUUUGAGUAGAGGAAGACUACUCAUUUGUUUGAGUUAAUUUUAUACCCCGACCCUUUGCUGAAGUUGUUUAUCAGGUUGAGUAGUACUCUGGUAGAACUUUUGGAGUCACUUAAGUACACUAUCGCAUCAUCUGCAAAUAGUGAUAUUUUGAUUUCUUCCCUUCCAAUUUGUAUCCCUUUGACCUCCUUUCACUGUCUGAUUGCUCUGGCUAGGACUUCGAGUACUAUAUUGAAUAAGUAGGGAGAGAGUGGGCAGCCUUGUCUAGUCCCUGAUUUUAGUGGGAUUGCUUCAAGUUUCUCUCCAUUUAGUUUGAUGUUAGCUACUGGUUUCCUGUUUAUUGCUUUUACUAUGUUUAGAUAGUAAACAUAAAUUCCUUAAAUUCCUGAUCUUUCCAGGACUUUUCUCAUGAAGGGGUGUUGAAUUUUGUCAAAUGCUUUUUCAGCAUCUAAUGAAAUGACCAUGUCGUUAUUAUCAUUGAGUUUGUUUAAAUAGUGGGUUACAUUGAUGGAUUUUCGUAUACUAAACCAUCCCUGCAUCCCUGGGAUGAAGCCUACUUGACCGUGAUGGAUGAUUGUUCUGAUAUGUUCUUGGGUUCGGUUUGCAAGAAUUUAUUGAGUAUUUUUGCGUCGAUAUUGAUAAGGGAAAUUGGUCUGAAGUUCUCUUUCUUUGUUGGGUCUUUGUGUGGUUUUGUUAUAAGAGUAACUGUGGCUUCAUAGAAGGAAUUUGGUAGUGCUCCAUCUCUUUCAAUUUUGUGGAGUAGUUUGGACAGUAUUGGUAUGAGGUGUUCUAUGAAGGUCUGAUAGUAUUCUGCACUGAACUCAUCUGAACCUGGGCUCUUUUUGGUUGGGAGACUUUUAAUAACUGCUUCUAAUUCUUUUGGAGUUAUGGGUUGUUUAGAUGAUUUAUUUGUUCCUGAUUUAACUUUGGUACCUGGUAUUUGUCUAGAAAAUUGUCCAUUUCCUCCAGAUUUUCCAGUUUUAUUGAAUAUAGGCUUUUAUAAUAGGAUAUGAUGAUUAUUUUAAAUUUCUUCUGAUUCUGUUGUUAUCUUUCCCUUUCCAUUUCUGAUUUUCUUAAUUUGGAUACACUCUCCGUGACCUCUGGUUAGUCUGGCUAAGUGUCUAUCUAUCUCGUUAAUUUUCUCAAAGAACCAGCUCCUGCGUUUGCUGAUUCUUUGUGUAGUCCUUUUCUUUCCUACUUGGUUGAUUUCAGCUCUGAGUUUUAUUAUUUCCUGACUUCUACUCUUUUUGGGUUUAUUUAUUUCUUUUUGUUCUAGAGCUUUAAGGUGUGCUGUCAAGCUGCUGGCAUAUGCUCUCUCCUGUUUCUUUUUGCAGGCACUCAGAGCUAUGAGUUUUCCUCUUAGUACCACUUUCAUUGUGUCCCAUAAGUUUGGGAAUGUUUUACCCUCAUUUUCAUUAAAUUCUAAGAAGUCUUUAAUUUAUUUCUUUAUUUCUUCCUUGACCACGUUGUCAUUGAGUAGAGCAUUGUUCAACUUCCAUGUAUAUGUGGGCUUUCUGUCAUUAUUGUUGUUAUCGAAGACCAGUCUUAGUGCGUGGUGAUCUGAAAGGACGCUUGGGAUUAUUUCUAUCUUCCUGUAUCUGUUGAGGCCUGUUUUGUGACCGAUUAUAUGGUCAAUUUUGGAGAAGGUUCCAUGAGGUGCUGAGAAGAAGGUAUAUCCUUUUGCUUUUAGGAUGGAAUGUUCUAUAAAUUUCUGUUACAUCCAAUGGGUUCCUAACUUCUGUUAGUUUCUCUACGCCUCUUUUUAAUUUCUUUUUCCAUGAUGUAUCCAGUGAUGAGAGUAGGAUUUUGAAAUUUCCUAGUAUUAUCGUAUGAGGUGCAAUAUGUGCUUUGAGCUUUAGUAAGGUUCCUUUUAUGAAUGUAGGUGCCCUUGCAUUUGGAGCAUAGAUAUUUAGGAUUGAGAGUUCAUCUUGGUGGAUGUUUCCUGUGAUGAAUAUAAAGUGUCCUUCCUUAUCUUUUUUAAUGACUCUUGGAUGGCAACUUCAGCUUGUUUCUUCAGACCAUUUGCUUGCAAAAUUGUUUUCCAGCCAUUUACUCUGAGGUAGUGUCUGUCUUUGUCUCUGAGGUGUGUUUCCUGUAGGCAGCAGAAUUCAGGGUCUUCAUUGCGUAUCCAGUUUGUUAAUCUAUGUCUUUUUAUUGGGGAGUUGAGACCAUUGAUGUUGAGAGAUAUUAAGGAAUAGUGAUUGUCGCUUCCUGUUAUUUUCAUUGUUAAAGGUGGAAUUAUGUUUGUCUUUCUUUUGGUUUCAUUGCAAGGAAAUUAUAUUCUUGCUUUCUGUACAGUCUAGUUUCUCUCCGUGUGUUGGAGUCUAUUAUCCUUUGUAGGGCUGGAUUUGUAGAAAGGUAUUGCAUAAAUUUGGUUUUGUCAUGAAAUAUCUUGGUUUCUCCAUCUAUGUUAAUGGAAAAUUUUGCUGGCUACAGUAACCUGGGUUGGCAUUUGUGUUUUCUUAGUGUCUGUAUGACAUCUCUCCAAGAUCUUCUGGCUUUCUUAGUCUAUGGUGAGAAGUCUGGUGUAAUUCUUAUAGGUGUGCCUUUAUAUGUGACUUGACCUUUUUUCCUUACUGCUUUUAACAUUCUUUCUUUGUUUUGUGCAUUUGGAGGGCAUUGGAUCCCAUUACAGAUGGUUGUGAGCCACCAUGUGGUUGCUGGGAAUUGAACUCAGAACCUCCAGAAGAGCAGUCAGUGCUCUUAACCGCUGAGCCAUCUCUCCAGCCCUACAAAUUCUUUUCUUAUUUCUAUACUUAGGGUCUGGCAUAUGUAUGUCAGACACCAGCAGUAUAUAAAAUGUUUAACCAAAUAAGGAUCAAUGAUGCCACGUGAACCUAAAACCAUCCUUGGGUUUUAUCUCUAAAACUCACAUAGUGGAAGUAGGUAAUAGACAUCUGUGAGGUGUUUUCUCACUGCUACCUACACCCAUGGCAUAGGUGUAUAUCCACAAGCACAGUUGAAACAUUUUUACAUGGAGGAAUUACAAAGGAAAGAACCCAGUUUUUGAGAAUACAUGAUAUGAUUUGCCAGUUUAAAUUAUUGUUAUAAAAUAUCAGUACGUAUUACUGAAUGUCAAAACUAUGAAGUUUCCUUUUUAAAUCUUAGUUUAUCAUUCAUUCAUUCUUUGAUUCAAAUGCAAGUCAUCGGAAAACCUCAGUGUGUCUUCGAGGUACAUACCUGUAACCCCAGGACAUGGGGAUGGUGGCAGUCCAGUCUCUGUGCUUUAGACCAUGGUUGUGUACAUAGAAAGUUCUUGGACAGCCAUCCUAUAUAGUGACAUCUGUCUCCAGAUUAAAGAGCAUGCAUCCUUUUACUGAAAUUUCCUGAAACAAUGUGCCUGGCUUCUGGACUCAUUUGGCAGCAUUGGGAGCCCACAGCAAUGCCUGGGAGGUAAACCUCUGAUGUAAUUUAUGCUUCCUGUAGGGAGAGAAAAGGAACAUGUAUGUAUGAAGAUUUGUUUGCUGAAUGGGAUUGUAUUCUGAUUCCUUGAUGCCUGCAAAACUUUCAGUUAGGAACUCUGAGUGGUGGUGACUCUCGGUGACAUCAAGGCUGUCCUCAGGGGACGAUGGACCUCAAACAGAAGUCACUCUCAUAAGUCUGUGGAAGUCAAGCCUUUAGAAAGAACCAUGGAGUAUGGGUGAACUAUUGGGGGUGGGGCUUUGGAUGUAAAAGCAAGAGGAAGAAAAGGCCCUCCAGAGUGCAAUGCUUGGGGCGGAUGUGAACACCAGCUGCCUUCCAUUGUACUUCCUAUAUCCACUCAGCUGUGACGAGUCAGUCCUGUCUGAUUCUUCACCUCUCUUUUUUCUUUUUUUUUUAUUUAGAGAAUACUUUAUUAGUUUUUAUAACCAAACCCACAUAGAUAAGACCUUACAUAUUUAAUACAGUGCGUUACCCCUGUACAAAUGGAAAAAACUUAAGUUCAACAUUUCUAGACCAAUAUGGCUGUUAAUUUCUGUACAGUGCCAACUCAACACAGUAAACGGGGAUACUUUUUCCAAAGUUGACAGCACAGCUAAAGUUUCAAAAAAUUCAAAUUAUAUAUCUGUAUAUAUAUAUUUAUAUUUAUAUAAAAAGACCAAUAAUAGCAGUGUGUUAUGCAUCAACAGCAGCAACAGCUUUUCCAGGUUCUGCAGUCAUCUGAACAAAACUGUAGAGACAUCCAGCACACUCCAUUAAAAAAAAAAAAGUAAAAAAACAAUACCCGAGAAAACAGCACAGUUCUGUUACUCUUGUGGUACCUGGCACCAUUUUUUUUUAAAAUUAGCUUCUCAAUCAUCAUCUGGAAAGAAAACAUUCUGAGCAACAUCAUUAAAAACAGCUCUGAUAAAGCACGGUCACUACUACGUAUCAUAAAGCAGGUACAAGCUACUUUACAUCCACAGAGGUAUGAUACAGUACUGUCCUACAUCUAUAAUACUAGAGGAUACAAUUUAAAAGGCAUUAUUAGAGACUUGAUUCUACUUUUCCAGCAGAGGGCCCAAAGGAUGGUGUGACACAGCUUUGUAAAGAAACAUACUCUAGACAGGAUUUCCUUUCACUAGUGGCACAGUUCUAAGGAUUCAUUCUCUCCAUGAAUGUCAGCUAAAACCGUUAUUAAAAAAAUGAAAUAUCCCUAGAACAAAACCGUAUAACCACCGGAUUCACAUGAAGAUGACCUAGUGUAGACAAGCUGGACCUCACCUUACCAACAAGCUAUCAAAUCUGUUAUGUUUAAACAGUGAGACCUCCAAGGAAGGAGAUGCCAAGUAGUGCUUCAAAGCUUCGGACCACAAUCAAACACAGCAUCCUUUUCAACAGAAGCAGAAGCUCAUCUGAAUAUGCUCAAGGAUGCUGACAUCAACAUUUAAUCAUCUCCUCACAAAUCCAGGAAGAAGGGGAGAUCAGUUACUACUGUACUUUAUUGUGUUCAACCAAAUCACCAUGUUACAAAAAUAGCAAGCUGCCAUAAUAAAAAAUAAGGCUCCUCUAUCCAGCACCAGAUAGCAUCAUUUUACUUUCAAGCCUAGAAAUUGCACACGUGUGUAUAAACCAACCGAAGAUGAGGAUUGAGAGUUCAUCUUGGUGGAUUUUUCCUUUGAUGAAUAUGAAGUGUCCUUCCUUAUCUUUUUUGAUGACUUUUAAUUGAAAAUUGAUUUUAUUUGAUAUUAGAAUGGCUACUCCAGCUUGCUUCUUCUGACCAUUUGCUUGGAAAGUUGUUUUCCAGCCUUUCACUCUGAGGUAGUGUCUGUCUUUGUCUCUGAGGUGUGUUUCCUGUAGGCAGCAGAAUGCAGGGUCCUCAAUGCAUAUCCAGUUUGUUAAUCUAUGUCUUUUUAUUGGGGAGUUGAGGCCAUUGAUGUUGAGAGAUAUUAAGGAAUAGUGAUUAUUGCUUCCUGUUAUAUUCAUAUUUGGAUGUGAGGUUAUGUUUGUGUGCUUUUCUUCUCUUUGUUUUGUUGCCAAGAUGAUUAGUUUCUUGCUUCUUCUAGGGUAUAGCUUGCCUCCUUAUGUUGGGCUUUACCCUUUAUUAUCCUUUGUAGUGCUGGAUUUGUAGAAAGAUAUUGUGUAAAUUUGGUUUUGUCAUGGAAUAUCUUGGUUUCUCCAUCUAUGUUAAUUGAGAGUUACAGGAUACAGUAACCUGGGCUGGCAUUUGUGUUCUCUUAGGGUCUGUAUGACAUCUGUCCAGGAUCUUCUGGCCUUCAUAGUUUCUGGCGAAAAGUCUGGUGUGAUUCUGAUAGGUCUGCCUUUAUAUGUUACUUGACCUUUUUCCCUUACUGCUUUUAAUAUUCUUUCUUUAUUUUGUGUGUUUGGUGUUUUGACUAUUAUGUGACGGGAGGUGUUUCUUUUCUGGUCCAAUCUAUUUGGAGUUCUGUAGGCUUCUUGUAUGCCUAUGGGUAUCUCUUUUUUUAGGUAAGGGAAGUUUUCUUCUAUGAUUUUGUUGAAGAUAUUUACUGGUCCUUUGAGCUGGGAGUCUUCACUCUCUUCUAUACCUAUUAUCCUUAGGUUUGAUCUUCUCAUUGAGUCCUGGAUUUCCUGUAUGUUUUGGACCAGUAGCUUUUUCUGCUUUACAUUAUCUUUGACAGUUGAGUCAAUGAUUUCUAUGGAAUCUUCUGCUCCCCAGAUUCUCUCUUCCAUCUCUUGUAUUCUGUUGGUGAAGCUUGUAUCUAUAGCUCCUUGUCUUUUCUUUUGAUUUUCUAUGUCCAGGGUUGUUUCCAUGUGUUCUUUCUUGAUUGCUUCUAUUUCCAUUUUUAAUUCCUUCAACUGUUUGAUUGUGUUUUCCUGGAAUUCUUUCAGGGAUUUUUGCGAUUCCUCUCUGUAGGCUUCUACUUGUUUAUUUAUGUCUUCCUGGAAUUCUUUCAGGCAUUUUUGCGAUUCCUCUCUGUAGGCUUCUACUUGUUCUCUAAAGGAGUUCUCCACGUCUUUCUUGAAAUCCUCCAGCAUCAUGAUCAAAUACGAUUUUGAAACUAGAUCUUGCUUUUCUGGUGUGUUUGGAUAUUCCAUGUUUAUUUUGGUGGUAGAAUUGGGCUCCGAUGAUGCCAUGUUGUCUUGGUUUCUGUUGCUUGGGUUCCUGCGCUUGCCUCUCGCCAUCAGAUUAUCUCUAGUGUUACUUUGUUCUGCUAUUUCUGACAGUGGCUAGACUGUCCUAUAAGCCUGUGUGUCAGGAGUGCUGUAGACCAGUUUUCCUGUUUUCUUUCAGCCAGUUUUGGGGACAGGGUGUUCUGCUUUCGGGCGUGUAGUUUUUCCUCUCUACAGGUCUUCAGCUGUUCCUGUGGGCCUGUGUCUUGAAUUCACCAGGCAGGUUUCUUGCAGGGGAAAAGUUGGUCCUACCUGUGGUUCCAAGGCUCAAGUUUGCUCGUGGGGUACUGCCUAAGUCCUCUCCGCGGCGGCAGCAACCGGGAAGAUCUGCGCCUCUCUUUCCGGGAGCCUCCGUCUACCAGGGUUCCAGAUGGCGUUUGGUGUUUUCCUCUGGCGUCUGGAUGUGCGCAGAGUGCAGUCUCUUCUGGUUUCCCAGGCGUGUCUGCCUCUCUGAAGGUUUAGCUCUCCCUCCCUCGGGAUUUGGGUGCAGAGAACUGUUUAUCCGGUGUGUUUCCUUCAGGUUCCGGCGGUGUCUCAGGCGCAGGGGUCCUGCCACUCCUGGGCCCUCCCCUACGGGAACCCAGAGGCCUUAUACAGUUGCCUCUUGGGCCAGGGAUGUGGGCAUGGGUGGGCAGUGUUGGUGGUCUCCUCCGCUCUGCAGCCUCAGGAGUGCCCACCUGACCAGGCGGUGAGGUCUCUCUCCCAUGGGGUUUGGGAGCAGAGAGCUGCUGCGGGCCAGGAUCUGCCCUCUCUUUUUUCUUGGCACGUACACAGAGAUGUCAGUGAUAGCACCCUACAUACCCAACAGGGCAGUCUCCAAUUAGACCAUAAAGUCUUUCAGUCCCAAAACGUCAUACCUAUAACCUGCCCUCCUGGUAGGAAGUAGAUAUUCUAAAGAUUCAUUCAUAUCUCUCCCUUUAGUUAUGCUGUAGUGUAACAGUGGACCCCAUGAGCUUUGAAUUUCCCUUGGAGUCUCUGGAAAAUGACUGAUUCCUCUAGGUAUGAACUUCUCUGCAUAUCUUCCCAUUUACUGAAUACUUUUCAGACGCAAGAAGAGCUAGAAUUCUGUUAAGGACUUAGGAAUAGGAGAAAAUUCCCUGUUCCAAAUGAGUCCCACGAAGUAAAUAUGUUAAUCUUCUUCAACUGUUAUAAACAAUUUCCUUUUUUUUCUUUUCCUUCAUUUUUAUUGUUUUAGUUUAAACAGUAUUUUCACUCUAGUCUCUGGCUGGCCUGGAACUCCUACCUGUUGUAUAAUCUCAAAAAAAUUUGCCCACCUUGCCUGAGAAUAACAGCAUUAUAGGUGAACAUGUCACAGCUAGAUGAGUCAGUUCUUUUAAUUGGCUUAAUGGGAUGAGUGGCUGAGUCUAUCUGGUUAGGGUAGCAAAGAUACAAACUGUGGUCCUAAGUCUAGCAAUAGAUGUCUACCAUGAAAUGCAGCCCUCUUCCCUUCAGCUCCACUGUCUGUCUUUCUUCCUUUCUUUCUUCCUUUCUUUCUUUCUUUCUUUCUUUCUUUCAAGAUUUAUUUAUUUAAUGUAUGUGAGUACACUCUAGCUGUCUUCAGACACACCAGCAGAGGGCAUCAGAUCCCAUUACAGAUGGUAGUGAGCCAUCAUGUGGUGGCUGGGAAUUGAACUCAGGACCUCUGGAAGAGCAGUCAGUGCUCUUAACCACUGAGCCAUCUCUCCAGCCCCUCCACUGUCUUUCUUUCUUUCUUUUUUUAAAGAUUUAUUCAUUUAUUAUAUAUAUAUAUAAGUACACUGUAGCUGUCUUCAGACACACCAGAAGAAGGCAUCAGAUCUCAUUACAGAUGGUUGUGAGCCACCAUGUGGUUACUGGGAUUUGAACUCAGGACCUCUGGAAGAGCAGUCAGUGCUCUUAACCACUGAGUCAUCUCUCCAGCCCUCCACUGUCUUUCUAAUUAGGAGCAAUAUUGUUUUGCUUUAUCAUGUCUGUUAUAAGUCACCAAAGGACUAGGGAAGAAUUCUGUCCUUUUCUACAGAUGGUGAAACCCAGACUCAGAAUACUCUGUCAUUACUGCAUAGAUAUGUGGAACUGCUCAUGUUGCUCAUGCUGUGAUUCUAAUGACUCACUAAACUGGAAGCCACCUCAGUCAGACCUGGUGGCACAGGCCUGUAAUCACCGUGCUUGGAAAGUGGAGACAGCCGUUUCAGGAUUUCGAGGUCAUCCAAGGUGAAUGUGAUCAAUGGGGUAUGGCUAGUCCUAGAGAAACAAGUCAGAAUGUGAUUGACUCAGGCCUAUAUCCAUGCAGCUCCAGAGGUUCAGGGUAAUGACACCAUUAAGUGUUAGCUGAGGAACUUACACUCCAAUUUUCCUAUACUUGAUAAUGUUUCCUGUUUGAAACACCCUGGUUACUUCAGGGCCAGGCUACUGCAAGUGGGAAAUUUUUCCUCAGGCAGGUAUGAGCUCCCUAAUGGCACAUCCAGUGCAAAGUGUUUGUCCGUGAAAUCAUGUACACACCAAACAGUACCGCACAAAGCAGGUGUUAUUCAUUUAUUGGUGCAUACUUUUUCAGACAUGGGUAACAAGAAAUUGGGAAGGUAGGAUUUCAGGGUGCAUAAGGAAGAGAUAAGGAAGGCAAAAAAGUAAUACGAUAUAUUGAGAUCAAGAUGUAUAAAAAUAAAAUUUAAAUAAAGAUGUGCUCAGAUAGCACAGCAGUUUGAUAAGGCACUGUUAGAGGGGCAGGAGGCCAAUUCCCAAAACUAAUUGGUUACUAUCUCUGUAAAGAUCUGCUUCCCCCUGCUGGUCUAAGCAUAUACUGUGCACAUGGGGGCAAAAUACCCAUACAUAUAAAAAGAAAUACAAAAAGCAUACCUUAAAACACUGGAAUUCUCUGCAGUGAAGUCAUGGUUCUGAGAAAGAGAGCAGUCAGGGCUAGUUGAAAUGUAAUUCUUUAUGUCCUGCAUUGAGGCAUCUAUUGCCUUCCUCUUAACCAGCUUGCUCAGGAGGAAAAGCUACUUUACCUUGAGGUUAGAAUAGCUCAGCACAGGUGUUCAGGUAAGAACAGUAACUAUUGCAGUGUCAUGUGACUGUUCCUUGAUGUAUUCUGUAUUUGUGUUCUGUGUCCUUCGUAUAUAGGAGGGUUGUGGCAUUGAAACAUCUUUUAAGUCCAUCUUUUUGAUCAAAACACUAAGGACUAGUAUGAGAUAGUUUUGCUGUGUAAAUCUCCAUCUGCCUCAGUGACUAAACUUGCAAGUUCCGGCUCCCAUUUAAAUUGUUCAAAACAUUGCCUGGAGCCCAAACUUAAAAGAGUCUUAUGGAUGACAGCAUACGUGGAACUCAAAAUCUGUCCUAGGCUGCCUCUUCUUUGGGCAUCAGCCAGAGGGGAAUGAGUGAUCUCUCCCUGGGAAAGGAUGUUAAUUCUACACCAGCUGGGCAUCCAGCCUUUUAGAACAUUGUUUCUGAGACAAGCGUUCCCAUGGCGAGUCACAGAGCCCUCAUUCCACUAUGUUAUUUCCCACGUCAGUAACAUUGUUGUCCUACUGAUAACACCAGCUGAAUCUUAAGUUAACAUCUGUACCAUCACUGUGUUUUAAAAGUUCGCAUUUGAGUCAUAUAAUCAACUGUUUGUUGCAUCCAGAGGGAAAGGAUUUGCAUGAGGGGCAUAGCCUCUGCAUUCAGACCAGAAUAGGAGGAAGUUUAUUGGGUACACUACUGGGGCGGUGGGCACAAUCAGCUACUGGAGUAGCCAUUUUAAAAAAGGACCUGAUCAUGGCAGGGUGGUGAUUUAGUAAUUUUACAGAAUGUAUUAAUUCAUGUUGGGUGAGUGAAAACAGACUAGAUCCGUGGGUGUAGGAUUCGUGAUGUCAGUGAAGCCCAUGAGUAUUCAAAUUGCACUCAGGUUACUGUCCUGGGGAGAUAUGUGCAGUCAGCAUUGACAUAGAGAAGUCAGCUCAGAAAUGUGAAACACAGGCCUUCAUUGCCCGUAGUUGUUUGUGGCAAGUUCCAGGUCCCAGCAGCCAACGCUCCAGAUAGAGACAAGGUCAAACGGUAUUUGAUAAAUGCUUUUCCAGGAAAAGGGCCGCUCUUUUUCUAAGUCAGAAUGGCUAUGUGUUUUUCAAUUCUAUUUAUGUUUGUAAAAAGUCCUCCACUGGUUCCCUUUAAUGCAGCACUGCUCUGAACUCUUACUUGUUUGCAUUCUGUGAUGUGUCCCAGGCACAAGAAUUUCUUUCCCUUUUUUACAAGUUCUGCUUAGGACAAGGUCUGCUGAAGCCCAGGCUGAGUUAUGCUACCUAAUAGAGAAUUGCUUUGAACCUUUAGUCCUGUCUCUAAGGCCACAUGAUGGGAGGACAGUCCUGCAUCUCUUCUAGGCUUGGCUCUGAAGGUGAAAGUUUUCCUGUAUUGGCAGUACUUGACAUUAGCAAUGAGUAGUGAUGUCAUCCAUUUCCCUAGGUCGAUAAUCACCCUGACAGACCAUUACUCUGGUCCACAGACCAGGCAAUGAAGAAUCUGGAAAGUGUAUUGCCAGGGCGUUAAGUUUGGAAUCGAUGUGUGGGGUGGGAGCAUCCUCAUAGAAGCAAGGGUAGGGGGGCGGGGGUAUAGGAGAGGGGGAAAAGUAGAUAACAUUUUAAAUGUAAAUACAUAAAAUAUCUAAGAAAAUAAAUAAAGUAGAAACAAAUGUAAAGAAAGAAGAAUAUGGAUAAAGACCUGACCUUACUGUGAAGUGUUGUUGACACUAAUGCAGCUAGUUCAAAUUACUCUAGUUACAAGAGUUCAGUUCCCUAAAACCAAACAGAUAGGCACUCUGAGGGAUUGUUAUUAUUUGCAAUAUUCAAGAUGGGAAAUCUCUUCUUUAAUCUGGAGGUAUUGAUUGACAAGAAAAAAUUAGUCUAGGCCAUAGCUUGUGGUGGGCACUUCCAUGUAUAAAGGAUAUUGAAGUUGGUAGUUCUUUCUCUUCUUCCCCUACACUGGCUAGAAAGAUCAUUUUAUUUUUCUGGCAUUUGCAUCUCCUUCUCUUUAAUUCUGGCAUAUGGUAAAGACGAGCUGAGACACACAGCUACUGCUGUAUUCUUCAAAUUUCCAUUGGUAUACAGUUUUUGUUUUACUAGUUGGACCACAUUCUGCGAGCCAUUCUUAUAUAUCCACUCCAUGCACACAUAGACAGAUCCAUUGUAUUAGGUCUGUUCAUCUGGAAAACCUUUACUAACACAGAUAUGAUGUUUCACCUUCCCACUGAGGAAGAUGUGCUUCUAACAUUAGUGCUCCGUAGCUGUCGGCAUCCAUUCCCUGCUUUUCUCCCAGGGUUGUUUGCAGUCUCACAUGUAGCAGUUGAAUAUUAGCUGCAAUUUUCCCGACGUCAGCGUACAAUCAGAGAAACACAUAUCACACUUUGUGCCCUAAAGUCUCUCUUUAAUUUUUACUAUCCUUGGAACCUAUACUUCAGUCUGCUCCAAGCUGAAUACUGUACCUUGCAAGUUAUCCCUCUUGAUUGAGGAGCAGCAACAGCAACAGGUGUAGGAGGAAGAAACUCCUGCUGAGUGCUGGAAGGCAGCAAGAUAGGUUAUUGGAAGACACGCUAAAGAGAUACUGAAAUAAAAAUCUUGCAGCUCUGAGAAGGGUAAGCUCCUGGACUAGAAUCCUGGGCCAGAAAUGCUAUGCUGUGAGCCUUCAGCGAACUCCAAUCCUAAGGGAGGGGUUCAUGUCACUCAAGAUUCACUGGCCAAUAAGGGCCUCCAGGCAGGACCUCCACUAGUAGAAGAGGAGGGUACUUCCUGGUGCCCUGUUUCCAGCAGCUGAUUUACUGGAGUUGCUUAGCCGGCUUGACUGAUUGGCCUGUUGUGUUUUGAUGUCUGCUGCCUGGUGUCUUAUGGACGUGCUGGCAAUCUACUAAGUCGGGACAUGAAGACAGUAUGGGAUACUCGAGAAGACAGUGACUUUUGAGGAUGUGCAUGUGAACUUCACUCAGGAAGAGUGGGCUUUGCUAGAUCCCUUCCAGAAGAAGCUCUACAAAGAUGUCAUGCUGGAGACCUACAGGAACCUCAAUGCUAUAUAGGCUUUAAUUGGGAAGAACAAAAUAUUGAGGAACAUUGUCAAAGAUCUAGAAGACAGAAGAGGUACUUCUUAUAUGCAAGCUCAUACAAAUAUGCCUCUGAAGAAAUUUUAAUGUGUGCUGAAAGUUUGAAAGUAAAGCAACAGUGUAAAUAAGAACUGCUUUAAAUAUAUUGGUGAUUGAUGCAUUCUAACAAAACCAUGGUAUUCCAUGUGCUUUAUCUGAUUUGUUUUUGCAAUGCUGUUUUUUAAGGAAGUGUGCUUGGAAACAAUGCCUUAAUGUAUAUCACCAUUUGAAAGACAGACCUAUUACAACUAUACUGUACAACUGGCAAUACAUUUCUGCUAAUUUUGUAAAAGCUCCACAUGUUGAAUAAUUGACAAAUACAUUUCGAAAAGCUUCUAAUAAGCUCAUUCAGAUAUUAAUAGUGAUAUUGUUAGUUUAGUGAAAUUGGCAGAUUAUUUGUUGUAAGAGGAUGUUAUGCAUUAACCUCCAUUCCUAUAUCACUUGUCUAUGACGAACAAAGUGUUAAAUUAUGUGAAUGCAAUGCGUUCAGCUUCCUUUCAUAGAUAUGUCAUAUAUCAUAAUAAAUACAAACCAUGUAUAUAAAAGGGACAUUGAAGAAACAAUGUACCUCUCUCUACCUAUCUAUCCAUCUAUGUAUCUAUCUAUCUCUAUCUAUCAUAACCACCCAUCCUUCCACCCUUCCAUCUAUUUAUCUUUCUACCUAUCUUUCUAUCUAUGUAUCUCAAUCUUUUUCUGACACUCUCUCUCCCAUAACAAUGAGAAGAUAUAUAGUGGGUGGCUCUUAUACUAGACUGUUUCAACAUGAUAAAUGUUUACAAUUAAUUAUUUUUCCAACAUCAUUAGCAAUACAUGUAGAACCUCAAUUUGUAAUAAAUUCUCUUGAAUACUAGGAAUGCUGAAAUGCUUCUAUUUCUCCUGGAUUACUUCCCAAAUAUAGUAUGAACAACACUACAGUAAAUAUUGGAAUACACUUAGUGUGUUAAAGCUCUGAGCUCUUUUGCUUUUCUUUAAAUUUGGGAAAAACGUUUUAUAGAAAAAGGAUAUGUAAAUCUGAGCUAUGUAAUAAAUGCUCUGCCAUCUCAGAGAUCUUGGAAGAUGCAAAACAGCCCAUAGUCAAGGGAAAGCUGGAAUGUGAACGAAGUGAAAAAAUUUAAGGCCAGAUGCCUCUUUAUAUGUAGAGAAACAGUAACAUUAAAUCAUCCAGAUGAAAGUGAUCAUGAGUAUGGUAAAGCUUUCACAUGUGCAUAUUAUCUUCUCAGGCAUGAAAGAAGUCAGAGUGCAGAGAUUCCCUCCGAAUAUACUCACUGUGGAAAACCCUUUGCUUUACAUGCUCACAGUCAUCCUCAAAGGAAUGAAAGGAUCCAUUCAGAAAAGAAGCCCUCUGAAGUUAUUCAGUGUGUUGAAGCCUUUGCUCCUUACACAGUUCUCCAAAUAUAUAAAAGAACACAAGCUAGACAGAAACCUUAUGAAUGUAGUCAGUGUGGUAAAGCUUUUGAAAAUCACAGUAAACUUAAAAAGCAUGAAAGACUUCAUACUGAAAAGAAACACUACAAAUGUAAUGAAUGUGAUAAAGCCUUUUUAAGACACAGUAGCCUCCAGCGGCAUAAAAGAGUUCACACUGGAGAGAAAGCCUACAAUUGUCAUGAAUGUGAUAAAGCCUUUUAACAACACAGUAGACUCCAGGUACAUAGAAGAAUUCAUACAGGAGCAAAACCCAUCAAAUGUAACAAAUGUGUUAAAGCCUUUUCACAAGAAAGUAGUCUCUAGACACAUACCAGAGAGAAACCCUAUAAACGUAAGCAAUGUGAUAAAGCCAUUCACAACACAGUAAUCUCCAAAUACAUUAAAGAACACACACAGGAGAGAUAACCUCCAAAUGUAACCAAUGUGACAAAGCCUUUUCCCAAAAUAAUAGUCUCCAAAUACAUAGAAAAAUACAUACUGGAGAGAAACCCUACAAAUUAAUCAUUGUGAUAAAAGCUUUCAAAUCCACAUUCAUCUUUUUUUGUUUGUUUGUUUUGUUCUGUUUAGAGUUAAAGACAGAUUUUAUUUUAAACUCUGAUUUACCAAAUUAGCUUUUCCUACCAACUUUCAGAGCAGAGACCUUCACAGUAUUCACAAUCUUUUGUUUAUUGGCUGCGUUUGUGGGAGCCUUGGCAGCCACCAUUGCAGUCUUUGAUACCCGCUUAGCCUUUUUUCCUUUCUUGUUCCUUCUAGCCUGCUCUCAAUGAGCUUUCCUGACUCCUGUUUUCUGAUUCUUCUUAGCAUUAUAUCAGCACGAGACACACAGGGAUGACUCCCUGGAACAUGACUGUACUGCGGGUUCUUUUCUUUUGAAUUUCUUCAGUCUGUGUUUGUGUGUGUGUGUGUGUGUGUGUGUGUGUGUGUGUGUGUGUGUGUGUGUGUGUGUAUCUGUAGAGGACAGUCUAGUUCAUCUGCCUAGGAUUCCUUUUGGAAAGGAAUGCAGACUCACUUUUGCCAGUAAGAAAACUGGAAAACCUUCCAAUCUGUCUUGGCAUAGUGCUGCCCAUGUCCCAGGUAGAUCUAGAACCCGGUGAAACUGAACAGCUCAGCCUUCACGGUCAUAGAUACUCACCUGCCAGGGAAAGACAGCACAGAGCACAGUAAUCUUAAAAGGCAUGGGGUAAUGUGUGUGUGAUAUCAUUAAACAGGUGAAGGCAGGUACAAGAUAGGACGAGGCCUGUCAUUGGAUGAGAGGGAAGGAUGAGCUGCAGAAAAGUUUGAGGGAAGAGGAUCUUAUCAAUUGGAUCAGAGGUUAUUGUGUGUUGUUUCUUGUGGGGAAUUAAGUUUAAUAGAGUAUGUGUCAGCUGGGACACUAAGCCACGAUGGAAUUGAGAUGUAUAUUCCUGGCAUGGUGACAGCCUGCUUUGGGGACUGCAUUGGUAGAGAGAUUAUUGCCAGGCUCAGAGAGAGGCCAUAGGCAGUAUUAUAGGGGCUAGAGCAAAGCGGGUGAGAGGCUUUGCUGAUUGAGAUUAAGAUAUCUACCAGAUAUCUUGUGACACUGUGGUGCCGACCAAGUGGGGUUAAAGACAGCAUUCCAUUUUUUAUAAUUUUACAGCAACACAUACACCUGGAGAGAAGCCAUUGGUGUUUUGUUCAGUAAAUUUUCCCCUUUUCCCAUGUAUUUGAGGCUCAUCCCCAAGUUUUCUUCUAUUAAUUUGAGUAUCUGGUUUUAUGUGGAGUUCCUUGAUCCACUUGAAUUUAAGCUCUGUCCAGGGUGAUAAGAAUGGGUCAAUUUGCAUUCUUCUACAUGUUAACAUCCAGUUGAACCAGCACCAUUGUUGAAAUGUUAUCUUUUUUCCACAUGAUGGUUUUAGUUUUGUCAAACAUCAGUUAACCACAUGAGUGUGGGUUCAUUUCUGAGUCUUCAAUGCUGUUCCACUGAUCUGCCUGUCUCUGUACCAAUACCAUACAGUUUUUAUCCUCAUUGCUCUGUAGUACUGCUUGGGGAUGAUGAUUUCCCCAGAAGUUCUUUUAUUGUUGAGUAUAUUUUAUGCUGUUCUGGUGUUUUUGUUAUUCCAAAUGAAUUAGCAAAUUGCUCUAAGUCUUUGAAUAAAUGAGUUGGAAAUUUGG